UUCAUUUUUCCAUUUUUGUUCUGUUCAUCUCAAAUCUCUCUCCCUCAGCCAUGUUCUCUGAUGAAAUCCUCUCUCCGUUGCGUUUCUGCGUUUAAUUUCCAGCGGCUUCCUUGUUAAUCGGUUUUCUCUGUCCAGUUUUCACAGGAUCGGUGGAACCGGCUAGGGUUCAUGGAAGUUGCAAUUCGGGAGUUUAAUAUUUGAGGGUUUGAAUAUCAAUUGAACUCCGGUGUUAGUGUUAUUAAAAUUAAGCGUUCGGUGUUCUCGAUUGUGAAGCUUGGUGAUAGAACGCAUCCGAGAUGGGUAGUGAGGAUCGUGUCGAUGAUCGGACGUUCAAGGUUGAUUUCAGUGGCGAGGGAAUGGCGAAGCUCAGAGAGAGGAUAAAGCUGAAGAUGAAGGAAUUCAUGGGCGAUUAUACUGACGACACUCUCGUGGAAUACGUGAUUGUCUUGUUGAGGAACGGCAGGCGCAAAGAAGAAGCACAGAAUGAACUUAAUGUAUUUUUGGCAGAUGAGAGCCGUUCUUUUGUAUCUUGGCUGUGGGAUCAUCUGGCUUCAUGUUUGGAUUUAUACGUGGAGCCGCCUACUAAAUCUUCUGCCAAUGACAAUGAGGUGCCCAGACCAAAGUCUCCGGUAGAAGAACCAGAUAUAAGAAAUAAUUCUAACAAUCUGGAGUCUGAUUCAGAAAGAGGGAAGUCGGAACAAUUAUCUAGCAGGCAGCAUAAUAGGGAAGGAAUUGCUAAUGAUGAAACCCGUGUUGCUCCAAGAUCUGAAGUUAGUCGUGUCAAGCAUUCCUCUCCUGAACAAGUUCCCAGUCACAGGAAAAGGAGCCGAGCUGAUGAUCAUCAAGGCACUGAGAGGGAGGCAGCCUUUCAGGUAAGCAUUGCUGCCCCUCGGCGGCUGCUCCAGUUUGCAAUGCGAGAUGCUGUGGCCACCACGAAGCCCUCUAAUGAAGAUAAGGAGACCCUUCCAAAGCGUCUUCGUUCGGUUGUUUCUGUAUCCAAUAGUGACACAACUAAUCGUCCCAGGCGGCUUCAAUCUGUUGCGAAAGUGCCAAAUCCUAUGGCAACUGUUAUUAAGGCUGUGACUGAGGCAGCUGAAGAUGUGAUAAGAGUUAAAUCCUCCAGUGUUUUUGACCGACUUGGUCGUCAAUCUUGUGAUAUGGAUUUAACAGAGUCCAGUGGCCAAAUUGCAGAAUAUGGAGUAACUGUAGGGGAUGAUAAAUAUGGGGAACUCAAUCGUACACAGGAUCGACCAUACUCAGCCACCUAUCUCGGGAGAAGCAAUUAUAGUGGGAAAUAUGCUCCCAAUGAGGGCAUGUUUGAACCUGAAACUCGAUUAGCAUCAGAUUCUAUAUCUGAAAAUGAAGAUGUUAAUAUUCAGGGUCACAGAGUACUUGAUGAUUCUUGGACUGCAGAAUCAGGAGUGAGAAAGGGAGGCAAUUUGCGAACUGUGCCAUUCAGGGAUGUCGAGAACUCUGAAGAUGAACGCAUGACACAAUACAAACAGAAGGAUCAACCUUCCUUAGUUACAAAUUCCUCACGUGACAUUGUAAACAUCUCUGUGAAUGUUAAUACUUGGAAACCACCUCACUAUCAGGACCCUGGGCAGAUUCCUGAACUUGGUGGUCAAAAGUUUUUGCAGGAGGGUGAGUUACAAGGUACCGGAUCUGCUGUGCAAGUUACGGAGAAUGGUGAGCCAGUUAAUAUUGUUAACCAACAGAAAAGGCCUGCAGCAAACCUUCAAAAAGAGUUCCAGAAGCCUCCUGUAUCUGCUAAUGGCCAAUUUGCUGCCUCUCGUCCUGUAGAGGAUGCUGAUGCUCGAACCAUUUUUGUUAGCAAUGUUCACUUUGCUGCUACAAAGGAUACCCUGUCUAGGCAUUUUAACAAGUUUGGAGAAGUUGUAAAAGUCAUCAUAGUAACCGAUGCAACCACUGGGCAACCCAAAGGGUCCGCUUAUGUAGAGUUCAUGAGAAAAGAAUCUGCAGAGAACGCGUUGUCUCUUGACGGGACCUCGUUUAUGUCUAGGAUUCUCAAGGUACAUGUCGUAUUUCUAACAUUUUUUUUCUGUAGUAUGAAUCAUCACCCAUAGAAAGAAAAAGCGUUCGCGAACUCCCCCCUAUGUGCUUAGUUUCGGUAGUUGUGUUGGUCAGUUCACAACCUCUACUGUUGUGGGCCGGUGGUA